AUGCCCGGCGGCAGCAGCAGCAGACGCGUGCUGUCUCCGCGACCGGCGCCGCGCGUGGACGGCAACGACGCCGUCGUGGUCGUGGCGCAGGAGGCGCUGGCCACCGCCGCGCUGGGAUGGCAGCAGCGCGCCGAGCGGCUCGAGCGGGACAACGCGCGGCUCCGGGAGCGCGUCGCGGAGGUGGAGGAGACGCUCCGCAGAUCGCGCACCGUGGUCAAGAACGUGCCGACGCUGCCCAACAAUCACGUGUUCACCAAGCAGCUCGUCGACGAGAACCACGCGCUGCGCCGGGAGACGAGGGCUCUUCAGCGCCGACUCAUGCAGGUCCGACGAAACCUGCCACGAACCAACUCAGCCGAUCUAGCUCGACAUCCAUUGGUGCAGGCGCUCAAGACGCACUUGCGGGAUCUGGAGGUUGAUUUGGAGCGGCUGCAGAAGGAGAACGAGCUGCUUCGGACUGAGCUCGACGAGUCGUCGCUGCGGAUGUUCGUUGAUGCUUUGCAGCAGCAGGUGAAGGUGUUGGAGGCGCGCUACCAGCACCUUGAGGAGAAAGCCCGCGCUAAAGCCGCACUGUAUCGCGAGAGCACCUCCCGUCUAGAAGAAAUGAGUGCGCAGUUGUUCGAGGCGCAGCAACAGUUGGCCGUUCAAGCGGAGAAGCUCCAUGUGUACAGUGACCAGAGCGCGCAAAUGGAGGAUCUACAGCAGGAGAUGGAUCUCCUGCGGAGUGAGAACCUGAAGCUGAAUGAUACCGUCGCGGCGCUCAGCUCUCGGCCGUUCGACGCGCUGUCCAAGGACCUGCAGAAGAAGAACCUGUGGGUCGCGCAGAUAGAGAAGGAGAAGCGUGGUCUGGAAGAGGAUUGCGCCAAGCUGCAGCAGGAUUGUUUCGCUACGAGGCGUACGAACGAUCAUUUGCGGCGCCGAGUGGAGGCCAUGACAAUCGAAGCAAAGGACCUCGCCCGUGAGUUGAGUCAAGCGAAGGCCGAGUGCGAGCAGAGGACGAUGGAGAAGGAGGUGGCGCAGCUCCAGCUCCGAUUCUACACAGCUCCGGGAGACUACGCUCUGAUGAGUGCUGUUGGCAAGGCCCUCAAGGAGAUGAAGAAGCAACACACCAGCGUAGAAAUUGGUAGUGGGCAUAGUGCAGUAGCAACAGCAAACAGAAAAUGA